AUGUCCGUGGACGAGAAGAAUCCUCAGGACUUUGUGAGUUCGGCCGCCUCGUCCGACUCCCACGCUGAGACGGGCAACAUCGACGCCGCGUGGAAGUUCCUCAACGACCAUCGCGAUGCCGGCACCGACACGAGCUCCGUGGACAUGAACGCGCUCAGACGCAAGAUCGACUGGCGCCUCGUCCCCCUCAUGUUCCUCUGCUAUACCAUGCAAUUCCUGGACAAGGUCAUCCUCAACUACGCCGCAGUCAUGGGCUUGAGCAAGGACCUGAAGCUCGUCGGCAACGAGUUCUCCAACAUUGCCACCUUCCUCUUUGUCGGUCUUCUCUGCUUUGAGGUUCCCAACAUCUACUUCCUCCAGAUGGUUCCAGCGGCCAAGUGGUUGGGCGCCAACGUCAUCCUCUGGGGCACCGCAACCGCCUGCGGUGCCGCCGCCCACAACUACCAGUCCCUUCUCGUCUCCCGCGUCUUCCUGGGCAUCUUCGAGGCCACCAUCGGUCCCUCCCUGAUGCUCAUCAGCGCCCAGUGGUACACUAAGUCUGAGCAGGCCCCGCGCUUCUCCUUCUGGUACCUCGGUCUCGGCCUCGGCCAGAUCCUCGGCGGCGCCAUCUCCUACGGCUUCCAGCAUAUCGCUCCCGGCGCGGGCCUUGCCGGCUGGCGCAUCAUGUUCGUCGUCCUCGGCUGCCUGACCGUCACCAUUGGUAUCUGCACCGUCCUCUUCGUCCCGGACACGCCCAUGCAGGCCCGCUGGCUGAGCGACACCGAGAAGGUUGCCCUGCUGAAGCACGUCAGCGUCAACCAGACCGGUAUCGAGAGCCGCAAGUUCCGCCCCAAGCAGAUCCUCGAGGCUCUCAUGGACCCCCAGAUGUACCUCAUGGUCGUCGCCGUCGUUCUCCUGUCCGUUUCUAGCGGUGUUGUCACCACCUACUCUGCGACCCUCAUCCGCAACCUCGGCUACGACUCCAAGCACGCUGCUCUGAUGAACAUGCCCUCCGGUGUUGUCAGCAUCUUCUUCACUCUCCUCGUUGGUUACGGAAUUCGUCACACGUCCAACCGGUGGGCCUGGAUCGUCGCCUGCAUCAUCCCAGCCAUCAUCGGUGGCGCUCUGAUGUCUUUCCUUCCCGUUAGCAACCGCUCCGGUUGCUUGGCAGGCAUCUACCUCGUCAACGCCGUCGUUGCCCCCUUGACCGUCUUCUACGCCUGGACUGCCGCCAACUUUGGAGGUGCCACCAAGCGUGCCUUCGCCGCCGCCAUCGUCUCCGGCUCCUUCUCGCUCGGUAACAUCAUCGGACCCCAGACCUUCCAGGCAAAGGACGCGCCCGAGUACCGCCCGGCCAAGAUCGCCGUCAUGGGCACCCAGGCCGGCUGCGCCGUCGUCACCCUGGCGCUGUACGCAUACUACCGCUUCGAGAACAAGCGCCGCGGCGCCAUCAAGCAGUCCGAGGACGCUUACAUGGCCCCAGAGAACUGGCAGUCAAUGACUGACAAGGAGAACAAGUCGUUCCGCUACACCUACUAA